UGUACAACGAAGGAGAGAGCUUAGUGGAUACCCUAGUCAAUAAGCGGUGUUAGAAAUUGCUCCAUCCCAUUGUUUUCUCCUUCUACACUAACGAUUUGUUACUUCAACUGUGCCACUAACUGAACGCCCCCAUUCUUCGGAAACUCAAUUCUUCUCUUCUUCUCUCUUCCAUUUCGUUUAUCGAUGCCUAUCCCCCGUCUCGAUCGCGGUGAUGUUUGGAAGAGCAAGGCGCGAUCUCUGCAGUUACAGCUCAGAGACCGAUUCCGAGUGGCCGUCGACCGCCAUUGGCGCCGCCGCCAUAACCACCCAUUCAUUCCAGCUGCCGACGUCUACUUCUCCUCCACUAUUCAACGUUGGCUUACCAGAUUUCGUGAUUUCCGGAGAGAAUCGUUGCCUUCGUCCACCUCUUUCUAUCGCAAACGAGUUACUAGGGAUUUCAGUUCGGAAGAGGAUUCCACUCUUGUUCGUAUGAUGCAAGCAGUUGCCGUUCCUGUUAUUGGAAAUGUUUGCCAUGUGUUUAUGAACGGGUUAAACCGUGUGCAGGUGUAUGGUUUAGAAAAACUGCACUCCGCCUUGCUGCAUAGACCUCAGGGUAAACCUCUUCUUACGGUCAGCAAUCAUGUUGCUUCCAUGGAUGAUCCGCUUGUUAUUGCUUCUCUUCUUCCUCCUAGUGUUCUUUUGGAUGCUAGGAAUCUUAGAUGGACGCUUUGUGCAAGUGAUAGGUGUUUUAAAAACCCAGUUACUUCUGCGUUUUUUCGAUCUGUCAAAGUCUUGCCAGUUUCUAGGGGUGAUGGGAUUUAUCAGGAGGGAAUGGACUUGGCCCUUUCAAAAUUGAACAAUGGUAGCUGGGUCCACAUAUUCCCAGAAGGCAGCCGCUCCCGGGAUGGUGGAAAAACCAUGAGCUCUUCCAAGAGAGGUGUUGGGAGGUUGGUCCUGGAUGGAGAUAGGACGCCCCUUGUUGUCCCAUUUGUACAUACAGGGAUGCAGGAGAUCAUGCCUAUAGGUGCUAACUUUCCCAGAAUAGGCAAAAUUGUUACAGUGCUCAUAGGUGAUCCGAUCAAUUUUGAUGAUAUACUUGAACUUGACAUGGAGAAAGGCUUGGAUGUGCCAAGAGGACGACUGUAUGAUGCAAUAGCAUCUAGAAUUGGCGAUCGGUUGCAUGAACUGAAGGCCCAGGUUGACACUUUAGCCGAACAGGAAAUGCAACUACAAGAUCACUCUUCACGCAGCACUGAACGAACCUCUGAAAUAUUACAGCAGGUUGAUUGGGAAUUAUUUGGAGCGGAUAGCUUCAUGUCUGAAGAUGAUUCCAAACAGAGACAAGAAACAGUUUCCCUCCCAGUUGUUGGUGUUUCUCGGCCUCAACAAUCUAAUGAUGGCGAUCAGAGUUGGAGAGCCGGAUUCUCAUACAGAAUGCGUGGUUAUACUGAUCAGAUGGAGCUUGUGUCAUUCGCUGCCAGAGGCAUAUUUAUGAAUUACGAAACGAAGAACAAUGCCGGCUGUACUAGUAGAGAGGUAGGCCCCUUAAAGGCAUGGAAGCAGUUUUUGGAAGCAAAUCUAUUACGCCAGUGGAAUUACGUCCAUCACUGAAAGUUCAUAUCAGUGUGUAAAUUCAAAUAAUCGAGAUUUUGUUAGACAAGCAGUUAAACGUAGUUAAAUUGCUGAGAAUUUGUAACUUAAAUAGCUUUUAUUUAUUCGUAUAGUUUAUUAUAAGUUUGAGGGCGGAAUUGCAUUGUGGCAAGGCGUCCUGAAGAUAGAACUGUAAAAGCCCGUUCAUACUAUCUUUUUGAAAAACUAUAGGAGGCACCGAGUAGGGCAAAAAUAAAAUUUGUGUGAUAUACA